UUGGCGGCGACGCUUCAUCGGUGUUGCGGAUUCUUCAGCGUCGCGACAUAUGAGAUUUUGACGUCUCUUCAAGACAUUUCACAUCCGGUUGUAAACUAGAUUAGAAGCUAGAGUUCCUGAAAUUAGAAAGCCUAAAAUUAUUAUUAUCCUUCCACAAAGUUAUACUUACCUUCAAGUUAUACUUACCUUCAAGUUAUACUUACUCCUAGUUAUACUUACCUCCAAGUUGUUGUGCUAAGAUAGCUACUCGUAGCUUAUUUAUCCGGGACUGAACCAGCAAAUAUUCCGCGAGCAGUAUACCAGGUUUGACUCAUACUUACCACAUGUAAACGUAGAGAUUUAUUCGUAAUUCUAAUCUAUAGCCACUGGAAAGUUCGGAUAAAACCGUUAGGAGAAAACCCGUUUCGGUAGUUGAAAAGAACAAGCGAUAUAAGCGCACUAAAUUUGUUUUCAAGUACACCGUCUUACUUACGCUUGCUCACUCUUUAAAUCCAACAGAUUUUGUUUGAGCUCCCGUUUUCCUCGUCGCCACUUUUGUAUAUGUACUUUAAUUACUUUUAGACAACUAUGAAUCUGGACUGGUAAUAAUACUUUAAAUAUAUGAAAGGGGUUUCCGAAAUAGAAUAAGAAAAUAGUUUAAGUUCGUGUGCCUCCACCUUGACUGAUGGCUAGACUUAGACUGAUCUUCAAUGAUCGUUUAUUCUUUUCAUUCUCCUUCGAGUUCUCUCUCGAGAUGAUUCACGCUUAUAAUUAUUUAUGUACAAUUGGGUAAGUAUAGGGAUACUAAAAAAUCGUCAAGCAAUCUCUAGAAUUUCUUCCAAUCACAUUCAAGGUAGUGCAGCGAGAAACACGAUGCGACGAAACUUUGCAGGAGGUUUACAAGUUUGUGCAGCAAGGUUGGCCAUCGAAUACAUCUGACAUUUGCUCUAAAUUACAACCAAUGUGGUGGAAAGAGAGGUGAUGAGAAAGAACCGUUGCAAAAGUAGAAGUAAAGUUUUUUCUUCGUAAACGUAGUUACCAUGACAGAAGUGACGUCACUACCGACCAUUUUCGCGACGCAUUUUGCCUAGGAUAAAUGAAGCUCCCUGACAACGACGCGUCGCGACGCAGGACUUGUUUAUGUUUAUUUUUAUUUUUUCUCUCCGACGUGCAAUAGUGUGCGUUCCUUUGCGCCACCUUAGUAAAAGUGUACCUCAUUGAAUUACAACCAUUUGUACAACGUCGAGCAAGUCUUUCCAGCGUGGGGCAAUGUCUUAUGUACGGAGAGCGUCUAGUGAUUCCAACCAGGCUGCAACCUAAAGUGCUUCAGCUGCUACACAAGGGGCACCCUGGCAUCGAGCGAAUGAGGUCAGUCGCCAGAAACUAUGUUUAUUGGCCAGGGAUCGACGAUCAAAUAGCACAACGAGUCAAGGCUUGCGUCGAGUGCUCUAAAGCAGCAAAAUUCAACAUCAAAACGAAUCUGCAAAGUUGGUCAGCACCUGAGCGACCGUGGCAGCGCAUUCAUGCUGACUUUGCUGGCCCCGUCGAUGGAAAUUUUUUCUUGAUCGUGGUAGAUUCGUACAGCAAGUGGCCCGAGGUUAUCCCGACGAAACGAAUCUCUACCGCAGCGACACUCAACAUGUUCCGAGAAAUCUUCGCCCGGCACGGUAUGCCGGAAACACUAGUGACCGACAACGGAACCCAGUUUACUAGUGAAUGCUUCGAACGCUACUGUGAGUCCAACGGCAUUUUGCAUCUGCGCACUCCACCAUACCACCCACAGUCGAAUGGGCUCGCCGAACGGUUCGUCGAUACAUUCAAGCGAGGAAUGAAGAAAAUAACAACGGGGGGAGAGGCCCUUCGUGAAGCUAUCGACACCUUUCUCCUGUGUUACCGCUCUACCCCGUGUCGUAGCGCACCUUCUGGUAAAUCGUCUGCAGAGCUGUUGGUAGGCAGGAAGCUGCGUACCGCACUGGACUUGUUAAAACCUUCUGCACCACCAACACAGUCCAACCAUUCUGCACAGGAGGCUCAAUUUAAUCGGAAGCAUGGUACGAAGUCGAUCAACUACGAUGCCGGGGAUUUGGUCUGGGCAAAACAACAUCGAAACAAUGCCUGGACAUGGGAAGCUGGCCGAGUCAUCGAGCGUGUUGGCCAUGUCUUAUACAACGUCUGGCUGACGGAUGGCCAGAACCUAGUGCGCUCACACUGCAACCAACUUCGUAAGCGAAACUCUCCAGACCAGCCCGACCAACAACAAUCUUCGGAUUCAGUUCGCCUACCACUUGACAUUCUGUUGGGUUCCUGCGGAAUGAAUCGAGCUGAAACCGAAUCCACAACACCUGCGCCGGAAAAAGGUUCAUUUCCGGGAAUCAUCCAGCCAACCGGAAUUGGAUCACUGUCAGCUGUUCAGCCACCAGGUGUACGUCGUCGUCGUUCUACAAUUCCCCAAAACGCUACUACUCAGCCAGAACAAGUGCAGCCUCGCCUCUCUUCUCGCGUAAGAAGAGCACCCGUGAGGUAUGCACCGUACCAGUUUUAUUGAAGGGGGAGAUGUUGGGAGGUGGCCCACCCUACGACACAAUCAUCAACCAUCAUCAUCAGUGGGGCUCAUCGACUGACGGACUGUCAGAAGCCUGAUGCUCCCACACGGAAGUGAUAACAAGAAGAAAAGCCAUAGCAUAGUACUCUCUUAUAUAAUUGUCCGCCAAAGUAUCC